CUAGCGCGUUUGUCUGUUCUCGUCGCGUUCGCGUCGUGUCCUACCGAUUAUUUUCUCCUUCCUCCCCCCCUCCCCCGCCCGCGCACGAGAUCGUCGACACGGUAGAGAGCCGCGCGGUAUACACACGGACGUGUCGUUAUAGCACCGAGUGUCCCGCUUUAAAAAGUAAUUCGCCCGGUGCCGAAACACCCAGGAUGGCGUUCAACGGAGACGGACCACACUCCAAAAGGCAGCGACUCGAGGAAUCCGGUCACAGGAAUCACGAGUAUGGCGGGUACGGAGACGAGCCCCGACGCAAAAGAGAAGACAAUAAUACACCAAAUCACGUUCUCCUCUUCACAAUAAUCAACCCAGUCUACCCCAUCACUGUGGAAGUGUUGCACACGAUCAGCGCGCCCAGCGGGCAAGUACGGCGUAUCGUUAUCUUCAAGAAAAACGGCGUCCAAGCCAUGGUGGAGUUCGACUCGGUGGAAUCAGCGACGAGAGCGAAGGAGACACUUCACGGAGCGGACAUAUACUCCGGUUGCUGCACACUGAAGAUCGACUUCGCGAAGCCCACGAAGCUGAACGUUUACAAAAACGACGCGGAAAGCUGGGAUUACACGACGCCGACACUGGGAUCGACUGCACACAAAAAUGACACGACCGGAAAUGGAAGGCCGGCUCCCCUUUUGGCGGAACCCAGAUACGGCGCCGCGCCCCAGCCAUACGGAUCCACGCCACAGGUAACUUUCCCACCGGGCGCCGGUCACGACCGUUACGAGGAGAAUUUCAAUGGACCGGCAACGUAUGCGGAGCCGUACGUCGAGCGUUACGGUAUUAAGAGUGACUUCAGCGGUCGAGAGCCCCUACAUCCCACGCCGCCCCGGCCCGGUUACGUACCCACCCUAGGACAGACGCCACCGUCAAGUGCGCAGGGCUCCGUGAUGAUGGUGUACGGCCUGCAGCCGGAUAAGGUCAACACUGACAAGCUCUUCAACCUGUUCUGCCUGUACGGAAACGUGACAAAGGUCAAGUUCUUGAAGACGAAAGAGGGAUGCGCGAUGAUCCAGAUGGGCGACAGCAUAGCCGUGGAACGGUGUUUACAGAAUCUGAACAACGUCACGAUCGGCACGGACGGCAGGUUGCAGCUGGGAUUCUCGAAACAGGCUUUCCUCUCAGACGUCACCAACCCUUACAUUCUGCCCGACAAGACUGCGAGUUUCAAGGAUUUCACGGGAAGCAAGAAUAACAGGUUCCUAAACCCAGCGAUGGCCAAUAAGAAUAGAAUACAACCACCAUCGAAGAUAGUCCAUUUUUUCAACACUCCCCCGGAUUUAACCGAGGAGACCGUACACCGUGUCUUCGUCGAACGCGGCAUCGAGGCGCCGACGACGGUGAAACUGUUCCCCUUAAAAUCGGAACGAUCGUCGUCUGGCCUUAUCGAGUUCAGCAGCGUCGGUAUCGCGGUAGCUGCCAUCAUGGAAUGUAAUCACACAGCGCUCGAAAACAGCAAUGGCAAGUUCCCGUACAUCAUGAAGCUGUGCUUCUCGUCGUCCCGCACCAUACCGACCAGCUUCCCGCCGAGCAGCGGCAGCCAGUCGAGCAAUUCCGCCGGUAAUGGCCACGCCAAAAUGCAGCAGGACUCGGAAUAGAACGGCGAGGUCCAGGGCCAGCAGCGUCAGCGUCAGCGCCAGCGUCCCUCUCUCGCCCUGCACCCGUUGUGUGCCCCGACGGGGACGGCCCUGCACCCAGCCGCAGCGAUUACACUGUCACCGGUUCUACCGCCGCCUGUGCCGCCGCCCUUGCCGCCCGCCUGCGUCCUGAUAGCCACGCCGACACUCUAUCCGACCGUGCCGCCGCCGCCACCGCCUCCGUUGCCCACGUUCUGGCCGUACUGAGUUGAAUCCAGGGAGGAGAAACACAGCGGGCCUAGACGGUGAACAACGACGAGCCGUGUAAACGACGACUUAUCUUGUCACCGUCAUAAAUCUUGCUCCUCCCCGUAGCAUCCAAGCCGCAACGGAUUGGAUCAUCAUCGGACCCCAUGUCACUGGUAAUAUCCAUGACGGUAUGGUCCGUGGACGGGAUAAUUUAGGGGGUUCCGAUUCAAGGGUCGGAGGACCGACGACGCGACGGAGCUUAUUAUUUGUUCGCGUAAGUCGAGGACCAGAAGAAACCGAGAAACGUCUGACGCGCGGUUUGCUCGAAGAGAGAGACACGUCCAGGGAGGAUAUCGUCGCCGUCCACGGGGACGACGAUGAUAUUACACUCUCCUGAUCGUCAACAGGGUUGGGAAGGGAACACCAGUGCAUCCAUGGGUAGACUGCUCGUAAGAAGAAGAAGAAGAAGAAGAAGGUCAUCGAGGAUCGUCCGCUAGCCCGAGUGGAAGUGUGUCCUGGCGAAAAUCGAGAGGCAGCGAUGUUUCUGAUUAUAUACAACACACACACACACACU